AUGACUGCAAAUCCACUCCGAUCCGACUCUAAGGGCAAUUGGGUUCCUGCAGUAGCUCGUCGUCCCCCGAUGUCUGGGCCACUCACAGCCCACUCACCUCCCAUGUGGUUCCCUGGAAGUCUUGGCACUGCCCGUUGGGGUCCCGUCGACUUGGCCCGUGGGGCAUACCGUGCCCCCCAUAGGGCCGCCACCAGGGCCAAUCUUUAG